AUGGCGAAUAAGCAGGCACAGACGCAGGCGCAGGCACAGGCCCAGACAACCGUGAAUGAAUCGUAUGCUUUGAGGCCCCCGCGCAUGGGCGAGGAGAAGAUACGAGUAAGCUGGAGGGUGCCAAGUUUGUUCAAGGACAACGAAUGUACAGCAGAGGUAUCACAAGGACAUGCAAGAUGGCUGAGACUGGGGGCGAGCGCACAAGCAAAAAGUCCUACGAAGUUACACAAGCUGUACAUGGACUGGAACAUUCCGCAAGUACAAGGCAGACUUACUCGUACAUUGAAACAAAGAAACAAACGGGUUCCUCCAGUCAUCACACCAUCACAUCAAGCCCAGAUAGGUAGAUGCAUUCACUUGUACGAGUGCGUACAGAGUACCCAGUACCUGCUCAGCCCAUACCAGCAUCGUCGAAUGGAUUACUCGUACGAGGCCAUCUCAUCCCGCCGGGCGCCUGUGCUUUGUCCCCUUGAUAAAAUGUCACUCCAGUCUAACAACCUGUCAUCCAGGCCCCCAACGCUCGCCAAAACUGUCAUCUACUCCAGACUAGCCGUUGCACGUUAAAAUUGGCAUCUCAGGUGGCAGUUCGGCCGGCGCCUCGCUCGCCCUUUCGCCCAAAACCCAGAAAAAAACUCUCCACUUAGACGCCCACUGGCUCGGAAUCGAAAUGUC